UUAUUAAUCACAGUAGUAUAGUUAUUAUAACAGCUGGGUGGGUACAGUGACAGUGUGGAAAGUGCUGGAGUCAGUGUGGAUCUGUAGAGAGAGGAGGAACUGAUCGAUCUGAGUAGGAAAAACGCGUUAAAUCACCGGAUUAAUCCUGAUAAUCUAAAGACCAUGAAGGCUACAGUGUUCUCCCGUGAUCUGGGUUAAGUGAACUUCUCACCUGUGCAGCUCAGGGUGAUGAGGAGGAAGUAAACGGUCGCAGCAGCAGAACAGAGUUCACCUGAGCUCAGGUAACUUGUCACCAUGGGGUCCACCCUGAGCGAGCCGUGCAUUUACGAUAAGCUGUCGGAGAGUAUCGACAUCCUGCGGCAGUCCGGCUACAGAUACGGGAUGUCUGAGAGAGAAAUCGAGAAGUUCAUUAAACAGGUUCUGGAGACCAACGAGCCGCGGAGGGAUCCUCCACAGUUCCCUAUUCUACGAGCAACUAUCAAGUUUGUUGUGGCCGUUGGUGUGCUGCUGAUCGUGGUGUUGGCCUUCACGUACCCCCAGAGCAUCCCCCACCCUGGACCCUUCAGCCCCACAGCCCACAACUGGUCCUCCCCACUCAGCCACAUCAGACUGUUAUCCCUGCCCAUCGCCAAGAAAUACAACCUACACAGUUUCCACACGUGGUGGAGUGUAGGGGGUGUAAGACAGACGCUGCUGAACUGUUCUGGCUGUGCUGGUGUUUCUGCAGUGCUGGAGCUCAACACACUCCACACUGAUCUCAUACCCACAGGAGCACAGCCCAUACUGCUGAAGGUUGGUCAGUCUCUGGUGGUGAGGAGGCAGCAGUUGGAGGAGCUGUACUCGGCUCAGUCGGACUCUGUGGCGGUUCUGUUGGGGGAGGAGGAGCAGGUUAUGUCUCCAGAGGAGGGAUUUCCUCAGCAUCCAGCCAACUUCAGCCUGCUCUGGAGGUUUGACUCAGGUUCGAGGGAGGGGGUGUUUCAGUGGCUUUUCCCUGAUGCACUGCUCUGCCCGCUGGUGGAAGUUGCAGGAACAACGUUGCGGCGCUGCCGAGUCACACACAGCACCGGCUCUCAGAGCAGAGGAGAGCGAGUGUUGGGUUGGUUGUUGGUGGGUGAAGGAUCCCCUACUGUUCGGGUGCUGCCUCUUCACCGCUGCCAAACACACUGCAGCUCUUUUAACCUGUGGCUCAGUCCAGGGAAUCUGGUAUACGCAGAUCCACGCUACUGGCAGCUGGAGAUUUUCCCUGGUCGAGGGGAAAACAUCAUGUGUGACGGAUCGGCACUCUGAGAGGAGGACUUGAGGAGAGGAAGCCGCACAGAACGCUUAUAUGGAACUGAAGCUAAUGCUAAUGCUAAUGUUGCUUAGGUUCAAAUGACCAAGUGCAUCACAGGGGAGUUUUUUUUUUGUUGAGAAAGACUGCCAUGUCAUGCUGGUGCCAAGAACGCUCAGAGCCAACGAAUGAGGGAAUGUACUGUACCUUUUAAAUUCAGCCAGGUGUGAUAAUUGAUAUGUUGCUUUAAUUAUCGAGUCGCAACACGUUUUUUGGUAAAAAAAUGUAUAUAUACUUUUUUUUGUCCACAUGCUGAAAUACUAAUGACGAUAAUAAUGUGUCCGUUUGCUUGCUAGUGAACAGUUUUGAUCGCAACAUGCAAAUAUGUGACUUAACUAUUAACUUCUUCUAAGAAAGUUAAGUGGAUCAAAAUGCCUCGUAAAGCUUAGGUAGCUUGGCUGGUAUGACCAGUUUUCUCGUCUUAAUCCAAAUUAUGUUGUAGUAUGUUUCAGCCAGAAUAUGAAGAUUUGGUGUCUGAAUAUUUGCUUCUUCAGUUUUGCAUUAGAUCUGAUCAAAUUAGAUAAAAGUAACAUCAAAUUCAAAUUCCUAUACCAAGUAGCCUAAAUCAAAUAACCAGCCUAACUACCCUUAAAUAAAUUAAACUUUAAACUUUGCUGAUGUGGUUUCCUUAUUCAGUUAGCACAAUGCUAACUAUGGCCAUAAGUUCCCAUUAUAUAGCUACAGGAAAAUUAAAAAACAUAGCCAUGUAAUAAAUAAAAGGUGUAAAUCUAAAGAAGCAAACAUCAGUCUUGGCUAAUAAGCUAAUGAUAGACUACAUUUGGAGUGAGGGGAAAUGGUUUAAUGGUCAAACCAUCACUUUAAAUCUUUUUCUUUACUUAUAGGUGGGUUCUUUAAUAUGAUGUGCCAUGUGCCAGCGCUAAGCUCUCUAAAGCGUAGCCACCACUGCCAUACUUUUUCAUAUUUGCCUGCAUGGUUUCUUCCUUCUGUUGCCUCUUGCAAAAAAAAAUAAUUAACCCAUAAAAGCACUUUAAGAUGUGUUGGCAUUGUGCAUUUGUGUGCCAACUCCCUGUUUCUCCUUUAUUCUCCUUUAUAAAUGCUUUAUCUUCUCGUUUAUAUGUCUGUAAACACACACACGCACUUACACACACACUUAAUUUCUGUACUCUUUUACUCGUGUUCAUCAGUAUUAUCAACUAUUCUUCUUAUUUUACAUUUUAAAGGAGAACUCUGUUGUAAAAUUGAGUUUUUACACCGGAGUUCUUCUGCUUUAAUAUUAACGUCUUUGUGGAUAAGAGUGUAACGAUAACAGGAAUACUGAAUUCACGCUAACCCUUAAACAACAGUUCAGUCAGAAAAAUGAUAAACUAAUAGCCACUAGAUAGCAUGUGCUAAUAAAUAUAUUAUGUCCUGCUAGCAUCAUGCUAACUUGGUGGUUAUUAGACGUAAGAUGAUCUGUUAAAUUUUUUUAGCCACGUUAGCAUGCUCUUCCCAACCUGGUGUAAACAGACAUAAACGUUUCCUCAGAAUUUAAUGCAGAUUAUAUUUGUUGUUUAUUAUUCACAAUAUGGGGCUGAUACUGCUGUUGAGUAAUCAGUUUAUUUUGAGAGAAAAAAAAAAGAUGUUUAUAAUUAUGGAUAAAGUAAAUUAAUCUAAAUGGUGAUUCUGACACUACUGCGGGAUUUCUAAUGUAAACAAAUGCUGCUGUUUAUAAAGUUUUUCCUCUUGAAAAAAUA